UCUCAGUGAAAGCGAAGUGUGACAAGCAAACAUGCUGCUGCAGGUAGUGCUUGUGGCCACAGCUUCUUGGUCUUAUGGAUUUGCACAGGAAAUUCCCAAGCAGAGUCCUAUAUCCAUCACCAAGUUCCAAAAAAGUGCACGGAUGACAUGUGAAAUUCAAACAUUAGAGGCAAAUUUUGAUGGCAUCAUCAUACACUGGUAUAAGCAGAAGGAGGGUGAAGCUCCUGAGAGGCUUCUGUUUGUUUCAGGAGGCAAAGUUACCAUUGAAAAUGGCUUUCAAGAAAACAGAUACAUGGUCGAAAGAAGUUCUGUACAGAAGCGAUGUGUUCUUACAAUAAAAGAUAUAAUUCCAGAUGAUGCUGCUGCUUACUACUGUGCCUACUGGGAUCCUCACUACUUCAAAGUGUUUGGCUCCGGUACAAAACUCAUUGUCUCAGAAAAAGGAAGUUCUCCACCUACAAACUCUGAAAUCCUCCAGAAAAAACAUGAAAAUCAGAUAAUGUAUGUUUGCCUUAUUGAGAAAUUCUACCCAGAAGUUAUUAGAGUGACAUGGACUGAUGAUGAAAAGGAGGUAACAGACAACGUAGUAAAAGGUGACACUUGGCAGUCCACAAAAGAGGAUGAAUACUCAAUUGCCAGUUGGUUAACUGUGCCAGCAGAGAAUGAAGACAAGAAAUACUACUGCAAAUAUGAGCAUGAAGAGAAAAAGGCUUCACUGCCAACACAAGUAGAUUCUGUGAAGACUGCUCCUCAGGAAGAGGAAUGCAAAGCAGUUUUUUAUAGAGAUCAGUUAAUGCACAGGGCAGCAUAUUUAGUAUACAUGAUCCUUCUUCUGAAGAGCUCCAUGUACUAUCUUAUUAUACUCUUCUUCAUCUACAGAAUGUGGACUUCAACCAAGCACCAAGAAAAGAAAGCAUAAAUGCUGUUUUAAGAAAGGGCUACAAAUUGAUCUUCAAUUUACUUUGCCAUAUGCUUAUCCAUAUAGAUUCUCCUGCUCCUGGUGUCAGAUGUAACAGCAAAAAAAAAAAAUUCAAAAAUAAUUUUUUUGGUAUUAGUGCAUAAAGGUUCAUUUUGCUUUACAGCUACUGUUUUUAUAUCAGUCCAGUUUUUCUAAUUUUUUUCUGAAUAUUGAAUAAAGAUAGGCAACAGGAACGAUGCAUUUUAAUCCAAGUCCAUAUUGCAAAAUGAGGAAAAAUGUCAAAAAUAGCUAUGCAUCCAGAAGCUUAGGGGUAUAACAGAGCUUUUGACAUACAAACCACAGAUGUGUUUUGUCACCACAUUUAAGUCUUAAAUAGGAGCAUUCCUUUGCAGUAAAUUCACAGAUUUGGUUUAUUUUUAGUUUCAGUGAUUUAUUGCAACUCUCAUGUAUCCAACAAAUCAGGAAUUAAUUAUUCUGAAGUGGUGUACUUUAAGAGACAGUUAAACAAAACUUUAAAAAGUGAUCAAAAGAAUUUUGAAUUAAGAAGUCAGAUGAGAAUAAAAGUAAUUUUAAGGUGCACACAUGCAGAAAUUCAAGAAAUCCACCAGCACUGUGACAUGAAAAUCGGCACAAUGUAAUUAGAAAAAAAAAACAAAACACAAUCACAAUGAUCACAAACAUCACCUUGUUUAAAGACACCUUUUAAAAUUGAGCAAAACUGCAAAUGUGAAGCUCAGAUAAAGCAUUUUCAUAAAGGAAGAAAAAUUCUCAAAAACUUUGGACCCUUAAUCUCCCAGUUCCACAAAUAAAUUCCUUUCAAAUUUAUGUGGAAAAAUAGGAAGUAGACAUACUGGAAUAAAUCACUUGUUUGAUUUUGGGCAAAACACUGCCCUAGGUUUUGGAGAUAUGCCUCUGCAGCAUUUACACUCACUGUGUCUGUAAUGAUGAUGGCAAUAAAAGCUUUCCUCCAGCUGUCUUUAUGAGACCUGUGUUUGUUAUCCAGCAUUUCCACAGCCUGUACAAAGAUGAUUAAUUUCUCUGUUCAUAAAAACCUGAUUAAUUUCUUUGUUCAUAUAAAUUUCUCAGGAAA